AUGGAAUUAUCAACCGAAGAAAGUCUUCACGAAGCCGUUAGAUCCGGUGACAAGAAUAAGGUUUUUAGAAUUUUGCAAAAGUCAUGCAUAAACGAUUGGGAUCAGAGUUUAAGAACACCUCUACAUAUGGUUUACGAUCACGUCAGUGAAACUGAUCCUACUCCAGCUGAUGACAGACUCCCGAUGAUGAAAUUACUCGUUGAUUACGGAGCUGAUGUCAAUGCUCAAGAUGGACUUAUGUUUAAGUCGGCACUGCAUAUGGCAAUUGAAGAAAAGCAGAUAGGAGGAUUAGACUAUCUACUAAUGAAUGGAGCUAAUCCAAACAUUGCAGACUUAUACCAAUGUACGGCACUGCAUUACGCAGCUAGGAAGGGUUGCGAAAAAAUGUUAAAACUUUUGCUAAACCACAAAGCCAUUUCCAUUAACGUUGUUAGUAAAGCCGACAUGACGCCGCUAGAUACCGCUAUUAAUGAACAACAUGUUGAUGUCGCGAAGGAACUCGUGGGUUUUGGUGCAAAGAGCCCUCACUACUUAUUCAACAGUGAAAGUCGCAGGCAUAUAAGACCAGACUGGUACAUACCAUUUCUCGAGUAUUUACUGGAAAACGGAGCCAAAAUAGACAGCCACGGCACAUUUUCAUUUGACGCUCUGAUGUAUGGAUUGGUGUUUGACAGACAGUCGAUGGGAAAAAACAACAUUGUUUUCAACCUACUGCACUAUAAAGGCAUUGAUAUUCAUAACGGCGUGGACGGUUUGGAUUUGCAUGAAGCUGUUCGUACACGCGACAUAACUAAAGUUAAAGCUGUUCUUCGGAAAGGAGCGGAUGUCAAUGAAAAAAAUAAAUUUAACGAGACACCGUUGCAUGUAAUAUUGAAACAACGUAACUGGACAAUAGAGUGUCACGAAAUAGCUCGUCUGCUCAUUGAGCGUGGUAGUGAUUUACGUGCAUUUGACUACAUGGACAGUACACCAUUUUUCUUAGCUGUGAGAAGACAAGAUUUGAUGAUAGUGAAUUUGAUGCUGAAAAAACUGAGUAGAGGUAAAGUUCAUAAAAGACAUGACGUAUAUUCCACAUCAAUUCCUAAGUUACAUCCUCGUUAUGACAAAACCGAACCAAAGCUCGAUGAGCUUAUUGUUGCCACUACUUUGGGUUAUGAGGAAGUUGUCGAUCGUUUGCUAGAGAUAGAUUACAUCAAAGAGGCGAGCAAACUUUGUUGUUACGAUGUCAAUCGAGUCCUACGCAAAGCUGUCAGACAUCAGCGCUACGACAUCCUAAAAUUACUUCUUGAGGCUGGACUUCGAAACGACAGGCGUUUUACCGGUAAAGUACCUUAUUAUUUUUCAACACUUUUCACCUACUAUAACAAGAUUGGACUGAAGAUGGCAUACUUGUACUGGGAAUAUGGAGACAACACAGCUAUUAACCAUGCGAUAAUUAAAGUUUGCCGUGACAUCGUUGAAGACUCGCGUAAUGUUAAUCAAUUUAUGUACGUGGUGACCUUUUUUUAUUCAAUUUCAAUAAGCUUGAAUAAAUUACACGUGGAUUUGAUUCCAACAAAGGGUUUUUUGAAGAAAAAUAAUGUCAUGUCGGAGAUUCUGUCCAACUGCAAGAAGGAUUUAAAUAAGUUAAAAAAUGUCAAAACGAGUGAUAUGUCCCACUAUGACAUCAUUACAAUGCCAUUUGAGGCUUUCGUAAAAGCGUUAGACAAACGCCGGCUGAAUGCUUGCAGAAAAUUGCUUUUAUCGUUUAAAAAUAAGGAUAAAAUCAAGUACUAUGAGUAUGUUAUAGAAAAUCGCAUUAAUCUGGCCAUAGAAAAGAAAAUGGCACUGAUCACGGCAAAAGAUUGUUUGAACAAGGCUCUUGAAGGCACAUUAAAAAAAACUAAUAUGGAAAGUCUGCCAGAUAAGAUUGCAUGGAAUAUUCUUUCUCACCUCAAUAUGAGAGAGUUAAAAAUAAUACGUAAACGUUGGUCUAAAAAUGUAUUUGUUAAGCCUAAGUCUGAUCUACUGGACCAUAGUAAUCCAGAAGUUAUAUUUUAA